GAUGGCGUGCGUGCGAGUAUCUGCCCCGGGCAAAGUGAUACUACAUGGAGAACAUGCGGUGAUGUUUGGGAAAUUGGCCAUAGCUGGAAGCCUGGGGCUAAGAUCUUCUGUGAAAAUCAAGGAACUCCAAGCACCAACGCUACAAAUCACAUUCACUUCAGUAGACCUCUCGUCUACAGUACAACUGCAGGCUGUGAACCAACUGUUAAAAAGUUCAUCAUCAACAUGGCAGACCCCGCAUACCUACCAGCACAGCAUCCAGAUAGAAAUCACUGAUAAAUUCCUAUCAGAAAACGUAUUCGAAUUCCACACACUAAACAACUACCAGAAGAACGCUCUUAGGAGUUUCUUCUAUCUGAUACCUGGUGUUCUGGGUGGUAUUACUCUGGAUAGAGGCUUGGAAGUAGAAGUCAGUAGUGAGCUUACUAUUGGUGCUGGGACGGGUAGCUCUGCGUCCUUCGCUGUGUGCCUAGCCGGGGGUCUUCUCCAGCUGGCUAAGAUGAAGAAUGGCAACGCGAGUAACGACUUUAGUGCGGAGGACAAAGAGUUGAUAUCCGCUUGGGCGUAUAACUCGGAGAAGAUCAUGCAUGGAGCUCCUUCGGGCAUAGACAACGCGACGGCAACCUUCGGUUCCCUGGUCUCCCUCAUCAAGGGUCAGCCACCGGUUCACUUAUCCCUGGGGUUAGACCUUCGGGUGCUACUCGUCAACACUGGAGUCAGUAGAGAGACGCGCGCGGUGGCUGCGCGGGUCGCGGAGAGACGGGGCUGGACGGGCGGAGCCAUAGAGAAGACUGUUGACGCUAUUGGCUGCGUCACGGAGGACGCUGUUGCGAUUCUGAAGAAAUUGUCUGUGGCUACAUCUGAGGCUGAAUUGGAUGAAGGCUAUCAGCAUUUAUCGACGCUGUGGGACAUGAACCACUGUUUGCUGUCGGCGCUGGGCGUGUCGCACGCCGCGCUGGAGGCGGUCCGCGCCGCCGCCGCCCGACACGCCCUCGUCGCCAAACUGACCGGCGCCGGCGGGGGAGGAUACGCAAUCGUUUUGGUUCCACCGAAGACCGCGGAGUCAUCGCUUGACGCGCUGAAGACAGAUCUUAAAGUUCAGGGUUUCGAAGUGACAGACACUACGCUAGGCGGUCGCGGGGUUACUAUAGAUGAGUGUUCUUAAGUUUAGGCAAAAAAGUGUUUAUAGGCCACUCAUAACGUUAAGAUAGCUUGCCUUAAACAGGGUGGGCAAAAAUGCAUGUGUAUACAGAGUGUAUCAAAACUAAGUGACAAUAAUUUAGGGUGUGUACGUGUUCCAUAAA